AUGGCUUACCAUCCCCAUUCUUGCCUCAAGACCUGCCAGCCUUCUGGGCAAUUAAAUGUCCCCUUGGACAACCCAACCAACACCGAGGCCUUACAGUUCCAGGAGUUUCGCAUCUACAGAGACCAGAGCACUGCUGACCCCCUCAUCCCCUCCCGAGGAGACCCAGCUCGGAGCACAGGGUGUGACGCACACAUGGCUGUCCUCGGCCGUUUAGAUGUCAUCGAGGAGAAGGUGGAGAAGACGGUGGAGCACCUGGAGGCAGAAGUGAAAGGCCUGCUGAGCCAGCUGGAGGAGCUGGCCUGGAACCUUCCCCCCGGACCCUUCAGCCCAGCCCCUGACCUCCUGGGCGAUGAUCAUUUUUGAGCACCGGAGACCGAGUUGCCCAGCAGCUGGAAGUGAUACACCUGUGGGACAGCUCUCCUCUGAGCUCAGAGCCUUGCAUCUGGCCCUCCUUCCUCAGCUUUGUGCAAAGUAAAAGCGACUCCUUUGA